ACCACAAUGACGGAAUCACGCCUCUUCAAGCCUCUCCAGAUCGGCGCCAUCCAAGUGCAGCACCGCGUCGGCAUGGCACCGCUGACCCGCCGCCGCGCCACCCCAGAUCGCAUUCCCACCGCGCUGAUGAAAGAGUACUACACGCAACGCGCCUCCGAGCCCGGAACCCUCAUCAUCACCGAAGGGACCUUGGUCUCCGCCGCCGCAUGCGGUGGGUUCUCCAACGCCCCCGGCAUCUGGCGGGCGGACCAGAUCGCGGCGUGGAAGGAGAUCACGGACGCGGUGCACGCGCGGGGCAGCUUCAUCUACGUGCAGCUGUUCGGAAUGGGCCGGGCGGCCGACCCAACGGUGGCGGCGAGUGAAGGAAUCGACAUCGUGGCGCCCAGCGCGAUUCCCAUCCCGGCGGACGAGAACCCCGCCGCGCCGACACCGCGGGCCAUGACCCGGGCUGAGAUCCGGCAGACGGUUGUCGACUUUGCGACAGCAGCGCGGAACGCCCGCGCGGCCGGGUUCGAUGGUGUCGAGGUGCAUGGCGCCAACGGAUACCUCCUGGAUCAGUUUCUGCAGGACACAAGUAACCAGCGCGACGACGAGUAUGGGGGUAGCGUCGCGAAUCGGUCUCGGCUGCUCUACGAGGUGCUGCAGGCGACUGUGGAGGCGAUUGGCGCGGACCGCGUCGGACUCCGCUUGAGUCCCUGGUCCCGGUUCCAGGGCAUGCGCAUGGCAGAUCCGAUCCCCCAGUUUGCAGAUAUUGUCGAUCGGGCUGGCGGGUUGGGCCUGGCGUACCUGUCGCUCGUUGAGACGCGCAUAUACGGCGCGUGGGUCUAUGACGGGAGUGUGGAUGAGAGCCACGAGACGUUGGACUUUGCGAUCGAGCGCUGGAAUGGGCCGAUUCUGGUGGCUGGAGGCUAUGGGCUGGAGAACGCGCGGAGGCUAGUCGAUGAGCAGUACCCGAACAAAGAUAUUGUGGUGUUGUUCGGGCGGCAUUUCAUCUCGAAUCCGGAUCUGGUGUAUCGGCUCAAGCAGGGGGUGGAGUUGAGCAAGUACCAGCGCGAGACCUUUUAUCAAAUCAGCUCUUCGUGAGGAUAUGUGGAUUAUCCGUUCAGCAACGAGUAUUCAGCGGCAGUGGGCGCUUAGGGAGGCUACAUUCAUA